AUGUUCGAUGAACUCUUCGACGAAGUUGACGAAUUCUUCAAUGCAUUCGACGAACUCAAAGCGAACCGCGCUUUCAUGGGUUCGUCGAACAAACGAACUCGCUUGGUUGCCAUGAAGGAGGGGGAUCAUACAUACGCCCAUUUGGAGCGGUAUUUCCAUACGGGCUGGAAACAUCCCAAUAAGCCAAAGCCGGAGGUCCACCGCAUAUUCAAAGUCGUCUUCCCAGAGCAAUCUCUCCAGCCCUUCCGGGAAUACCGUACACUUAUCGAUUCGCAGCUGACAAGUACUACCCUCAAGCCUCUACCAGGGAAUGAGAGUCUUAUGUUCCACGGAACGAAUAGACGGUGUCAGAUCGGGGAUGAGAAGGGGAAUAUCAUGUUAUGCUCGUUGCCGGAAUGCUUUCUUUGUUCCGUCCUGAGAGGAUCUUACGACAUCGCGAAGUGUGGCUCGAAGAACAGGUUCAAGAGAUUCGGUACUGGGAUCUACACGUCCUCGUGUUCAUCUAAAGCGGAUGACUACGUCUCUAACAUCGCGAGCAACUCGCACUACCGCGUCAUGCUGGUCAACCGUGUCAUCCUUGGGAACCCAUGUAUACGCAAAACGAACGCAAUACAUCUCACCGAACCUCCCCCUGGUUACCAUUCCGUGGUUGGACUCCCAGGGGCAGAUCUGAAUUACGAAGAGACAGUCGUUUAUGACAAUGAUGCCAUUCGACCUGCGUUCCUCAUUGUGUAUAGCCACGAGCCUGAAGUGAAGCCAGAGAUUCAUUCGAAGGCGAUGGCAUUUUGGACUACGCUCUUCAGUACGCCGCUAGCUACUUAG